CUUCCGAGCUACGGCGUUGAUCCGUAUGUGGUCGCUACUCACUCCGACGGAGGCCAGGGAGCGUUUGGUUACUGGAUCUUUCCGAUGGAAGAUGGUAGCACGGGAUAUUUUCAACCGGUUUAGAUGGUGGUUAUGUAAUAGAAUAGGCAAUUAGUUUUCCUAUCCUUAUCUUGCUAGCCGGCCGUGGCUUUAUUUGUGUUCUUUUGCUCUUUGUGAGCCUUUUUUGUACUUUGUUGAGACUUAUAGACUGCCGUCGAACCUUUUUGUUAGAUAAUAAAGUUGGCCGUAUGCAUCAUUCUGAUGCAGAGGCCGGGAUGCCCCUUUUCAAAAAAAAAAGGACUCGACACAGCCAAGUGAUCCAUGUGUUUGCCAACAACUUGUAACCAAGACAGAGGGUGGAAGUGUCGCGCGUUCGCCGUCUCACACUCGCUUCCAGCUUGGUUGGUUAGUUCAUAUGGCUGCUGCAGGGUGGCUCAUCGUCGUGUGCAGCGGCGGCAGCCUCGCCCUCGACGUCGCGGCGCUUGUCUUCGCCAUCCUCGUGGAGGACUGCGUCCCAGGGGUGAUCCAGUUCACGCUCGAGGACCCACACCAAAGGUUACGGAUGUUGCUGCUGCUGAAGGCCGUCCCAGUUGGUGCGCUGCUGCUGCUGGCCGAGUCGUGCUGGCUGAAGUAUGAGCGCCAAUUAUUACCAGCAGCAGCAGCCGCCGACUCCGCGGGCCGAUGUCGAGCUCCUGGUCGUCCUGAUCGUGUUCGAGUUGCUGCUCGCGUUUGUCGCCGUCGGAGCGGCGUCGUCCGCGCUCAUCGUGGACCUCGUCGACACGCCCGUGUGCGCGUCGUACCAGCUCGCCGCCGACGGGACGGCAUGUGCCGGCGGGGCUCUCGCUGCGGUGUCGGCUGUCGGGCUGCUCUGGGUCCUCUGGUCCCGGCUGCACCAUGGCCAGGCGCCUCCGCAGGCUCAAGCGGUCAAGCCUAUCUCCUUCCUUGGUCGCCAACGGUCUCUGCUUGCUUCAUGUCCGCCCUCUUCUGAACCUUUUUCUCUCUUUUUUUUCUGAAAUAUCUAAACCUUUCUUUGGUUUGACGGUAAUGUGAGCGGUUUGAUCAUUGUAUGAAGCAGAAGUAAAUCGUGACAAUUUGACUUAGUAGCUGGUCAAUGCAUGUCUCUGAUGCGUAUUCGAUGCAACUUUGAUUUUGAAAGGGAAAAA